AUGGGGGCCGCCCGCGGGAACUCGGGCCGGACCCUGGGCGUGCUGCUGCAGCUGCUGAGCUCCUGCUUCGGGAUCAGCUCCAUGGAGAGCGACCGGCCCGGGGACGGGCGCUGCCAGGCCAUCGAGAUCCCCAUGUGCAAGGACAUCGGGUACAACCUGACCCGCAUGCCCAACCUGAUGGGGCACGAGGACCAGCGCGAGGCCGCCAUCCAGCUGCACGAGUUCGCCCCGCUGGUGGAGUACGGCUGCCACGGGCACCUGAAGUUCUUCCUGUGCUCGCUCUACGCGCCCAUGUGCACCGAGCAGGUCUCCACGCCCAUCCCGGCCUGCCGGGUGAUGUGCGAGCAGGCCCGGCUGAAGUGCUCCCCCAUCAUGGAGCAGUUCACCUUCAAGUGGCCGGACUCCCUGGACUGCAGCAAGCUGCCCAACAAGAACGACCCCAACUACCUGUGCAUGGAGGCCCCCAACAACGGCUCCGAGGAGCCGCCCCGGGGCUCCAGCAUCCUGCCCCCCAUGUUUCGGCCCCAGAGGCCGCAGGGGGCCGGCCCUGGCCACGACCUGCAGCAGCCGCAGCCGGACAGCCUGGGCCGGAACACCUGCGAGAACCCCAGCAAGUUCCACCACGUGGAGAAGAGCGCUUCCUGCGCCCCCCUCUGCACCCCCGGGGUGGACGUCUACUGGAGCCGGGACGACAAGCAGUUUGCCGUCGUCUGGAUCGCAGUCUGGUCCUUCCUCUGCUUCUCCUCCAGCGCCUUCACGGUCCUUACCUUCCUGGUCGACCCACAGCGCUUCAAGUACCCCGAGAGACCGAUCAUUUUCCUGUCCAUGUGCUACUGCGUCUACUCGGCGGGAUACAUCAUCCGCCUCUUCUCAGGGGCCGAGAGCAUCGCCUGCGACCGGGACAGCGGGCAGCUCUACGUCAUCCAGGAGGGCCUGGAGAGCACCGGCUGCACCCUGGUCUUCCUCGUCCUCUACUACUUCGGCAUGGCCAGCUCCCUGUGGUGGGUGAUCUUGACUCUGACGUGGUUCCUCGCUGCCGGGAAGAAAUGGGGCCACGAGGCCAUCGAAGCCAACAGCAGCUACUUCCACUUGGCAGCGUGGGCCGUCCCGGCCGUGAAGACCAUCAUGAUCCUGGUGAUGCGGAGGGUGGCAGGGGACGAGCUGACGGGCUUAUGCUAUGUGGGAAGUAUGGAUGUGAAUGCCUUGACCGGGUUCGUGUUGGUCCCUCUGGCUUCUUAUCUUAUCAUUGGGACCUCGUUCAUCCUCUCUGGCUUCGUGGCUCUUUUCCAUAUCAGGCGGGUGAUGAAAACCGGUGGGGAAAACACGGACAAGCUGGAGAAGCUCAUGGUCAGGAUCGGGGUCUUCUCUGUCCUGUACACGGUGCCUGCCACUUGCGUCAUCGCUUGCUACUUUUACGAGCGCCUGAACGUGGAUUACUGGAAGCUCCUGGCCACGCAACGGAAGUGCAAGACGGGCGGCCAGAGCAAGCAUUUGGACUGCACCAUGAGCGACUCGAUUCCAGCAGUGGAGAUUUUCAUGGUGAAAGUCUUCAUGCUGCUGGUGGUGGGGAUUACAAGCAGCAUGUGGAUCUGGACCUCCAAAACCCUCCAGUCCUGGCAAGGCGUUUGCAGUCAGAGACUCAAGAAGAGGACACGGAGAAAACCUGCCAGCGUGAUCGCAAGUGGCGGACUUUGCAAAAAGCCCCAGCAUCUGCCCAAAGUCCACCACACGAAGUAUGAGUCGGCUUUGCAGCCUCCAACCUGUGUGUAAACAGAAUGAAUAAUAUUAAUACCAAUAACAGUAAUAAUAAUUUUAAAACAACAGCAGCAACAACUGUGUGUAACCCACUUAGAGAGACUCACAAGUGCUCACAAUAGCGCUUAGAACUAAUGAAAAUGGUCAUUAAUAAAACUGCUUUUUCAUGUUCUUCUGUCAGAGGAACAAAAUAGCCAAUUA